CUUCCGGCCUUCCACAAGCAACAGUUCGACUGCUAACCACGAUAUGUCAGCCAAAUAUACCCUGAUCUUUGCCCUGGCGGCUCUCUGCUGCCUGAUGAUCUCCACCGAGGCGGCGGCCCAGCGCAGCCGAGUUCUCAGCUCUCGCCGUGGCUCCGAGCUGGUCGAGAAGACGUCGGACAACAAGGAAGAGUCCGAGCUGGCCGCCCAAGAGCAAGAGCUCGAGCGCCAGGAACAGGAGGAAGACAGACUAGAGGGACGCAGCGAUGAUGUUGCCGCGGGCAGCGACAACAAACAGGACAAGGAGACCGCCACCAACAACAAGGACACCAUCGUGAAGCCCAACAAGGAUGACGCCCGUGCCCGCCGCAUCGUUCGUGCCGGUCGUCGUCGUGGUGGACGCCGCGGUGGUCGCCGUGGAGGUCGUCGUAGUGCACGCAAAUCCGUGCGCCGUGGAGGACGACGAGGUGGACGCAGGCGCGGCGGACGACGUGGUCGUGCCGGUGCUCGCCGUCGCACCUCCAUCAAGAGGCGUUCCGGCAAGGGCAACAAGGCCUAAGAAGUUCCAAUCACAGAUAUAAGACUAACUGCCCGAUCCACCGAUUCGAUACAUACACAAAUAA